CUAGAAAUUGUAGCUCGUCACUAAAAAUCUGUCGUCGCAUGCUCAGCGAGUUUUCAUUGUGUAUGUGCGUAUAGAGAGAAGCUCGAUGAGCCACAUAAGUGAAUUUCCAUAAGGAUAAUAAACUCGAACGAAAAAAAAAACAAAUAUAAAUAAUACAACCGGAUCCAAAAGACUAAAUCGAAAACAAAAAAAUGCAGGACGCAGUGCAGCAGAGCUUUGUGCGCUCCUUCAUCGAUUACUUGAAGAAGCAGGUGGAUGUCAUGUCGCCGGAUCAAAGUGAAAGCAUCGAGGUCGCCAUUCAAUGCCUACAGGCCGCCUUCGACGUGGGCGACGAGGAGCCCGAACAGCAACAGUUAACGGCCACAGAGCAGAGCACAACAGCGGCCGUUCCUGGCGCCGGCACAGCAUCGGGCGGCGAUGCAGCCAUGCAGACCGGCUCCAGUACCAGUUCGGGUGUCGUCAAUACAAAGAACAUUGACAUGUUUGAGCUCUUCCAAUCGCUGUACAUUGAACGCAAUCCGGAAUCAUUGGCCUUGGCGGAGUCCAUCAAGAACGAGGGCAAUCGCUUGAUGAAAGAUGGCAAAUUUAAUGAGGCAUUGCUACAAUAUAAUCGCGCCAUCACCUUCGAUCCCAAGAAUCCGAUCUUCUACUGCAAUCGUGCGGCGGCCCACAUCCGUCUGGGUGACAAUGAUCGGGCCGUGACCGAUUGCAAAUCGGCACUGCUCUAUAAUGUCAACUAUAGCAAGGCUUAUUGUCGCCUGGGCGUCGCCUAUUCCAAUUUGGGCAAAUUCACGGAGGCGGAACAUGCUUAUGCCAAGGCCAUUGAACUGGAGCCGGACAAUGCCGAUUAUCGCAACAAUCUGGAGGUGGUGCGCAAUGCACGCAAUCAGCCACCACAGUUGUCGCAUCUGAGUGAUGGCCUCAACGCGAUGUUAUCCAAUCCCACAGUGCGUAAUCUCUUCAAUAGCGCCGAGAUCGAUCUGGAGCAAUUGCAAUCGAUGACACAGAAUCCAAUGGUCAUGAAUGCCAUCGGGCAGAUGUUCACGAAUUUGGGUGGGGCUGGCGGGGCUGGUGGUGCCGGCGGUGGUGGUGCUGCUCCUGGUGCACCCGGUGGGCCCAUGCCCAUGCCGAAUGAUAUGCUACAAUUGUUCCAAAGCUUUGCCACACAGCUGGUCGGCGCCAAUCAGCCGGGCUCUGGCCAAAAUCCGGGCGGACAGCCCGGCGGACCACCCGGCUCCCAACAACAGCCGGGCAAUCAGCCGCCGCCAAACAUGUAGAGCUAUGAAUGGUUACAUCGUUGUCCACUUUAGUGUUAGCCACCAACCAAUCAACCAACCAUCAUCGAUGUGUAAUGGAAAUCGUUUGUUUUAAAUGUUUCAGAAUGACCCUUAAAUACACAUACAUAUAUAUUUUUAUUAAUGCUAAAUAAAUAAACAAAAAC